AUGGAGGUGUCUGCUUUGCUUUUUUGCCAGGGGUGUGCCCCAUGGAAGGGAGUUUUGCUCACAGCUUCCCUUUUAACAUGCUGGCACCUGUCUACCACUUCCAAAGUCACCAUUGAAUUAUUGCCACCACACGUGGUUGAAGGGGAAGAUGUUCUUUUCCUUGUCCAAAAUCUGCCAGAGGAUCUUUCAGCCUUUGCCUGGUUUAAAGGGAGGACAAAUAAGAAACAUGGAAUUGCACUAUAUGCAGUGGCCUCUGACAUACAUGUACACAGCGAUAAAGAGACAUUGUAUAGCAAUGGAUCCCUGAUGAUCCACAACAUCACCCAGAAGGACAGAGGUUACUAUACCCUACGAACCUUCAAUAAACAUUCAGAAACUGUAUCAACAACAUCCACAUUCCUCCAUGUGAACCUCUUCCUUUGGAACUGUGGGCGCUUUGUCACCUCGUCACAGCCCAGUAUUGAAUCACUGCCACCCAUUGUUCCUGAAGGGGAAGAUGUUGCUCUACGCAUUCACAAUAUCCCAGAGAAUCUUCAAGGCUUUGCAUGGUUCAAAGGGAUGACUGUCUUCAGGCACCUUGAGAUUGGCCGGUACAUAAUAGACAGGAAGUCAAGUGUGUUUGGGCCUGCAUACAGCGGUAGAGAGAAGCUGGGUAGUGAUGGAUCCCUGCGGAUUACAAAUGUCACUCAGAAAGAUGCCGGAUUGUACACCCUACGAGUUCUGGGUACAGAUAUGAAGAGUGAAGAAGCACAUGUAGAAAUCCAAGUUAACAACCCCCGUUUUCAGUGCUGUAACCCUACCACCUCUUCCAAACUCAUGGUUGAAGCAGUGCCCCGGUCUGCUGCUGAAGGGGAAAGUGUUCUUCUUCUGGUCCAUAACCUGCCAGAAGAGCUGAUAUCCUUUACCUGGUACAACGCGAUGUACAGGGUCCCAGCCUUUAAAAUUGUAGAGUACCAUGUAAUCCGGAAUAUCACCACCUGGGGGGAUGCAUACAGAGGAAGAGAUAUGGUGUAUGCUAAUGGAUCCCUGCUGCUCCCGGGCGUCACUGAGGAAGAUGCAAGAAUGUACACACUAGAAACUUUAAACGUAAACUAUACAGUUGAAAGAGCACACGUGCAGUUUUAUGUAAGCAAGCCUGUCACACAACCCUUUGUGCAAAUCAUUGAUACCACAGUCAAGGCACAAAGAUCUGUGACCUUCACCUGUGUUACACCUGACAUUGGAAUCUCUAUCCGUUGGUUCUUCAAUAGACGCAAUCUGCGGCGUACAGAAAGGAUGACACUGUCCCCAUCAAAGUGUGGACUCAGAAUUAGUAAUGUCAGAAGUGAAGAUGCUGGAGAGUACCGGUGUGUGGUCACCAACAGAAAUGGUGAUGCAGUGGCCAGUCACCCAGUCAGGUGGCCACGAUGA